AUGGAGGGCCAGCCGAAUCCGCCAACCACGGCAGCUCAAGCAGGGUGGGAAUGCCCUCAGUGCUACGAUGAUCGAGAACCACCAAACGACGAGAGAUUCGUACUCGUAGACGAGCGAAGACCUGAUGACGACGAUGUUGAUAGGACGCCAAACCUGUACUGCGGAUACUGUGUGAAGCGAUUGCUCCAGCUAGAGUUCAACAAUGGUGGUGCAACGCUGCCUUUAAGACAUAUGGAGAUUGACGACUACGCCCGACUGUUCACGGACGAUCCUGAGUUCGUCGCGAGAUACAAAGAAAAAGAGGAUCAGGCUGCAAUCUUCCCGCUGUGGACUCGAAUUCUCUGCUCCGCUUGUCAGCGGCUUGUCGGGCAGAGCGAAUCUGAAAGUGGCGGUUCGCCCAACCCGAUGCUCAACAGUGUCAUAAAACCGAGUACGAGCCCAGUAGAUAACAUGACAUUCCAGCUGUAUACCUUGUGCCGCGCGGCCUCGACGUCCCAUGACAUAACUGAUGCAGUAUGCACUUCUUCAGCCAAAUUACGCCUGAUGAAUAACAACAUUGUCUCACUUACGACGACGAUUUUCGCAACGACAGACACGACAUCGAUGCCGAAUAAGGACCAGCACAUUUCAAGUGCAUCUGCAAUUUCUACAGCAGAUGACGCUUCGUCGACAGCUCCCAUGCUGCCAAGAGACGACCAUCCGUCGAAAGAGGCGUUCUUAGAUCACAAAAAUUUCUUCGAGAAAUUAUCUGCCCACGUCAAACACGAUGUCUCCAAGGAAAAGCGACAAUCCGUCUCCGACUCGGGCCCGUUUAUUUUUCAAUUCGAUCCUACGCAGGGCAAGGAGGUGCUUGUGAGGAAUCCGCAAUGGCCGUACGAGGACUCUUUCAAAAGGGAGGGGGAUGUCGAGUGCAAGUGGGCUUUUGGCUCGUUUGCGUAUGGGACGGACGCUCGAGCAGAGCGGCAGUAA